AUGGUAGUCGUUGAAGGAGAAAUAGAGGUGGUAGGUGUUGAAGGAGAUAAAGAGGUGAUAAAGGUAGGGGAUGUUGAAUUCAAGGUUGGGGUGGCUGCUAUUGAAAUGGAGGAAGGGGCUGUUGACGUUGAAGCGGAGGUAGAGGUGGUGGGUGUUGAACUUGAGAGAGAGACGAUAGUCUUCGAAGCUGUGGGAGGAGUCAGAAUUCAGAAACGUACCCUAGCCAAAAUCAGAAAACAGAAACGUGCUCUAGCCAAAAUCAGAAAACAGAAACGUGCCCUAGCCAAAAUCAGAAAACAGAAACGUGCUCUAGCCAAAAUCAGAAAACAGAAACGUACCCUAGCCAAAAUCAGAAAACAGAAACGUACCCUAGCCAAAAUCAUAAAACAGAAACGUGCCCUAGCCAAAAUCAGAAAACAGAAACGUACCCUAGCCAAAAUCAGAAAACAGAAACGUACCCUAGCCAAAAUCAUAACACAGAGCAUUACCCUAGCCAAAAUCAGAAAACAGAAACGUACCCUAGCCAAAAUCGAAAACAGAAAACGUACCCUAGCCAAAAUCAGAACCCUAGCCAAAAUCAGAAAACAGAAACGUGCUCUAGCCAAAAUCAGAAAACAGAAACGUACCCUAGCC